GGAUUGCAUACGUAGCUGAAUGUAGCAAAUACAAAGCCCAUAACUAGCUUCAUACGGGAUUAUGUGAUGCUAGUUAUUUAAUGUUUAAUUAUAAUGUUUGCUAACUGACCGACGGCAAGGUGCUGUGUACACUGACAAACAAAACGUUACCUGUCCUGUGCAGUCUUAUCUCUGGUUUGUAGACCAAAUCCAGCAGCCGUUGCAACCUCUGGUUCUCCAGUUGUGUUCGGUACACCUCCUCCUGGUAGUCUAUUAUUGUCUUCUCAACGAAUCCAUAGAUGUCUACCGCAGCUGCGGUUAAUCUUUCUGUCAGAAACACGUUGAAUGACUGAAGCGUAGCGUUAGCCAUCGUGCAACACGAGUUUUGGCUCUGUUUGCAAGCUGUGUGCAACACUGUGUAGAGCACCAGCCUUUGCCAAGGCUGUUGGUGAAGAAUCUUCAAUUUGAGGAUGGGAAGAUGAUUGCUGCAGCACAGUACUUUCACUCAGGGAGCAGUGCUGCUGUGGAGCUCACAGAGGAGGAGAAAGCCUUCGCUAAACAGAUGAAGGCGGUGUGGCAGAGCAUUCUGACUAAUGCCAGUGAGAUCGAAGACUCCACUGAUUUCUUCAAGUCGGGUGCUGCUUCCAUGGAUGUGGUCAGGCUUGUGGAGGAGGUGAAGCUUCGUGCCAGUAGCUGCCAGCUGCAGAACGAGGACAUCUACAUGAACACCACUUUCCAGGAUUUCAUCCAGAUGUGUGUCAGGAAGCUCCGAGGGGAAGACGAUGAAGAGGAACUGGUCGUUGACUAUGUGGAGAAGAACAUCAACAACAUGACCAUAAAGAUGCCCCACCAGCUGUUCAUUAAUGGAGAGUUUGUUGAUGCAGAAGGAGGAAAGACAUAUAAGACCAUCAACCCCACUGAUGGCACGGCCAUCUGUGAUGUGUCUCUUGCCCAGAUAAGUGAUGUGGACAGGGCAGUGGCUGCUGCUAAGGAGGCCUUUGAAGAGGGAGAGUGGGGCAAGAUGAACCCCAGAGACAGAGGCAGACUCAUCUACAAGCUGGCUGACCUGAUGGAGGAUCACCAGGAGGAGCUGGCCACCAUCGAAGCCAUCGACUCUGGAGCAGUUUACACUCUGGCGCUAAAGACUCACGUAGGCAUGUCCAUCCAGACCUUCCGCUACUUCGCUGGCUGGUGUGACAAGAUCCAAGGCAGCACAAUCCCCAUCAACCAGGCCAGGCCCAACCGUAACCUCACCUUCACCAAGAAGGAACCAAUAGGAGUGUGUGCUAUUGUGAUUCCCUGGAACUACCCUCUGAUGAUGCUGGCCUGGAAGACGGCAGCCUGCCUGGCAGCUGGAAACACAAUAGUCCUCAAACCUGCACAGGUGACUCCUCUGACAGCACUGAAGUUUGCUGAGUUGGCAGCAAGGGCAGGACUGCCCAAAGGAGUUAUUAAUAUUCUUCCUGGAUCAGGUGCUCUGGUGGGUCAGCGUCUGUCUGACCAUCCUGACGUCCGUAAACUGGGCUUCACGGGUUCCACUGAAAUUGGUAAACACAUCAUGAAGAGCUGUGCAGUCAGUAACGUGAAGAAAGUGUCUCUGGAGCUCGGAGGAAAAUCCCCUCUCAUCAUCUUCAGUGACUGUGACUUGGACAAAGCUGUGCGCAUGGGCAUGAGCUCAGUGUUCUUCAACAAGGGAGAGAACUGCAUCGCAGCUGGCAGACUGUUUUUGGAAGACACCAUUCAUGACCAGUUUGUGAAAAAAGUGGUUGAGGAGGUCAAGAAGAUAAAUAUUGGCGAUCCACUGGACCGCUCCACAGACCAUGGCCCUCAGAACCACAAAGCCCACCUUGACAAACUGGUGGAGUAUUGUGAGACUGGCAUUAAGGAGGGAGCCACUCUGGUUUAUGGUGGCAAACAGGUGCAGCGAUCUGGUUUUUUCUUUGAACCCACGGUGUUCACCGAUGUGCAAGACCACAUGUAUAUUGCUAAAGAGGAGUCAUUCGGCCCUGUCAUGAUCAUUUCCAAGUUUAAGAGCGGUGAGGUGGACGAUGUCCUGAGAAGGGCCAACGCUACAGAGUACGGCCUUGCCUCAGGUGUUUUCACACGGGACAUCAGCAAAGCUCUAUACGUCAGUGAAAAACUCAAUGCUGGCACGGUUUUUGUCAACACCUACAACAAGACUGAUGUGGCUGCCCCUUUUGGAGGCUUCAAACAGUCUGGCUUUGGCAAGGAUCUGGGACAAGAGGCUCUCAACGAAUACCUGAAGACAAAGGCAGUGACCAUCGAGUAUUAAGUCAAAUCCCAGGAGGAAGUAGCAGUGAGGCUUCAGCUCCCUGCAGCUGGAGGCAGUGAUUUGUUAGUGGACUGGCAGAGGAGAGACAUGCAGAGGGUCAUAGUGGUGGAGUGAUGUCAUCUCAACGUAAUUAACUCAGACCUGUAGUCCAGUCACAAGAGUUGUUCUCUCAUUAGUAGCUAAUGACUAUAAUACUGUAUGUGCCUCAACAUGCUGAUUGAUCACAUAAGCAUGUCACAUUUGUCUAACACGUGAACGUUCAGUCCUCUCAGUAACACACCUCUGAUUUUGUAAUAAGUAUUGUCCUAAACUGUACAAAUGAAGUGUGUUUCUAGGUAGCCCAAGUCACUUUAGAGACUGUUUUGUAAUCAAUGUGGUUGAAUUACAAAAUAGGAAUAUUUUUAACUGAUUGCAUUCAUUUUCAAUAUGGCUUACAUUAGGUCAGAAGAGCCUUGAUUAAAAAAUUUAACAUUUCUAAUAACAUUUUUUGGUUAUCAGUGAAAACUUUUGAGCACCCCAUUGCUGAGGACUGUUGUGUUGGUACAUCUUUGAUUGACUUCAUGAUGCAGUUUAACUUGGAUAAACCCAAAGGACAUGGUAAAACAGACAAGACAAGAUCAGCAUUUAAACAACAAUUACAUGCAAUAAACCAAUCAGUGUCAUCUCAUA